AUGAAAAGACUAGAAGGAAAAGAUACACAAGCAGUUGUGAACAUGUUAAUUAAGAGAGGAGAAGAAGAUCCAACAUUUUAUUUUCGAGUAAAGGUGAACGAGGCAAACCAAGUAAUAAGCAUGUUUUGGAGGGAUGGAAUGAUGCAAGAAGAUUAUGACGUAUAUGGUGAUGUCUGUGUCUUUGACACAACUUUCAGAACAAACAAAUACAAUUUAGUUUGUGCGCCAUUUGUAGGUGUCAACAACCAUUGGAGUAAUGUGAUGUUUGGUUGUGCUUUUAUUGCUGAUGAGAAGACACACACUUUUGUGUGGCUAUUGGAAACAUUUCUGGAGUCUAUGGGAGGAAAAUCACCUAUAACUAUCUUUACAGAUCAAGAUCAAGCAAUGGCAAAUGCUAUUGAACAAGUGUUUCCUAAUACAAGACAUAGAUUAUGUUUAUGGCACUUACAAAAGAAUGCUGUGUCAAGAUUUGGAGACUUAAAAGCUGACAAUACCUUCAAAGACACAUUCAAGAAGUGCUUAUAUCGUUGUUACAAUGAAGAAGAAUUUGAAACCACUUGGUUUGACAUGAUUACUAAGUAUAACCUUCAAAAUCAUGAUAGGUUUACAAAUCUCUAUACAAUAAAAGAAAAAUGGUUGGAUCGUUGGAGAUAUCAAGAAGAUCAAAAUGAAUAUGAUUGUGGAAAUGCUUUGCCUAAAUCUGAUUUUCCAAUGGUCGGAAUGAUAAAACAUGCGGCAAAUGUUUACACACUUACAUUGUUUAGAGAUUUUGAAAAAGAAUUCAAGUAUGCAAUGGGUUGCAUCUCAAAUGUCAACUACAUCAAUGGAAAUUUCUUUGGUUACAAAGUGCAACAUGAAUCUUGGCCAGAACAUACUGCCAUUAUGUAG